GCUCGUGCAAUGUCACGACCAAUUCUUUGGACAGAUGCCUGGCAUAAUUUGAAAACACUCCGAUCAAGCAUGUGGCUUGAUGCAGCAGUGGCGAACUUUUAUCUGUUACAUGUCUGGUAUGAAGGGCUAGGCCGAACCUGCAUGAGAUAUCUGGACAUGUAUGCAGCAAUGGCGGUUGACUUGUGCGAUGCUGAGCUGGAUGAAAUAAGGAGGAACCACUUCAUCCUUCCAAAUGCUGCAUCAUCCCAGCAACAGGUCUGCCGUCGAUCACAUAUGAGUGAUCAUGAAUUUCAAGACGAGAGUGAGGAACACAUCGAGGAAUCACAGUGUGAGCGUCUGAUGGCAAACAACAUGGCGGAUGAAGACAUGGAGCUCUUUAGGAGGAACCAUUUUGUGCCUCAUGAAGGCGCAUGUCCUGUGGUCCCUGUAGGAUUCAUAGUCCAUGAUUCCGAAUGUUUCUUCGCUGUCAUCCUCGACUUUCAGAAAUGCACAGCGCAUGUUCUGGGUCGCCAAAUGUCUGAUGGCGCAAUAGACGUAGAUGGAGCAGAUCCACAUGAUUGGAGCAAUUGGAGAGGACCGGAAUAUUGGAGGAAAAUCGCGGCCCUUCAUGACUGGAGCCCAGGAGAUGUCACAGACGUAUCAGUGAUACCUAGAGAUUCGACAAAAACUGGGGUGGACUGCGGUCCCAUGGCAUGCUCUGUGCUGGAGCAAUGCAUGAUCUCAGGAGUGGAUGAGCGCGGUAACCUACCACCGUUUCAAGUGCAAUGCGGGCACAAACUGCGCAUACACAUGUUGCGCAUGGUUGCUGGAUGCAUCAAGAUGAGCUGUAGCGACUACCUGAUGCUCCUGGACAACCGACCGGACGAUUGGCUAGAAGAUGAUAUGCCAGAUGAGGAGGUCAUAAAUUCCAUUCAGAAUGGGAAGCAUCAGGCCGAAUGCCUCGAGCUCUUGCGGAAAUUGACUAUCGUGAGCGCUACAUGCUCAGCAUGCCAAUGUUCUGUGCUCAACCACGAUGAUGACAACGACUCACACCAUCGUGAGAAUCAUGGUGACACUGCAGUUAAUCAUGAUAAUGCGGAAGACGAUUAUGGUGAAGACGAGGAUACCCUCUGCACACCAGAGCUGCCAACUGAUGUCGAUGGUCAAGUCGAUUCACAACGCUCCAAAUCAGCUUCAGAAACUCGUAGGCGAGUGUCCAACUGGAAUAUGGGAAGCAACAAACGAUAUCCUCGUCCCAUCGCUCCAGUCCCCCUAGCCGCAUAUACAGGCAGAAGAUGGAUUCAGGACGAUCGCACCUUCGACGAUUAUGAGGGUGGACCUACAAUCGAGAUGCUGAGACCUCCAAGUGACGUCAAUCCCACAAUGACAUUCCUGGACAGAGGAAUGCAGCUGUCCACUGCUUGGGCGAACUGGGUCGAUCAUGGGUACAGGAUUACCCCUAGUUCCUUCCACAUAUUCUAUCAAUGCGACCCCAUAGCUAUAAUGGCACACAUCAUGCCAGUUGGCACGUCCGAAUCCUAUGAUGCUUCCAAUCAAGUGCCGGAUCGCGUCACAGGAGAAUACACCCUGGACCGGCGAGGGACGAACCAGGAUGAACGUUGCACGCAGGUAUCAGAUGUGGAAAUCAUGUCUGCGUCUGAAAUAAUAGACUCUGUACAGUACGACCCGCCACUGCAUGACGAGUGCAGGUUCGGACACAAUGCCUUUGUGCGUGGCCACACCAGUUAUCGAUACGGAGAUGGUCCUGCGCUUCAUAUUGAUCUCGAAAGAGAUGCCAUUCAAUUUUCGGAAGAUGAGAUAGAGAUCUCAGUGGACAUAGAUAGCAUAAUUUGGACCACAAAAACGUUCCGGUGCAGAGGAUCUGUCGGCAUUUAUGUCGCUCCACCAUUUCAAACGAAACCUGGGAUCUUCAAGCACAAUCAUACAUACGUCGACAUUACAAUUCCACAGUCAGAGGCAGAUGCCCAUAUGCCCGGUGGCAGGACCGAAUGGCUAUCCAAACGUUUCCCUAUGUCUGCCAUCCCUCAUGUGUGCAUCGGGCGCAUAUCAUCUGCUUCCUCGAUGCUGAAUCUUUAUGUCGCAUUCCCAAGAAUGAUUCAUCAACACCCAGUAAACGGUCGGAGAAUCACGCUCAUGCCCCAGGAAGUCUUGGACAUCUUCUGGGACAGGGUGUUGCUUCCUUCCAUAGGAGAUUGCACCGAUGCAAGCUGGGCGCCUUACCUGAAGAACACAUUGGAGGAGGCGCGAUACAAGGCCAAGGGUGCAGGAGGACGCAAAGGGGGAUGGGGACCUCCAAAAGUAAUCCCCCUGUCUGAUGAUGACUUUAAGGACGUACAGGAACGUAUGAAGCAUCGAAUAUGUGAUGGAGAGGCUGAGCUUAGUAUGUUCGGGUCGUCGUUCUUCAUUCUGGAAGGAAAGGGCAUAAAGUUGCUCAUGAAGGAUGGUCAGAGAGGGCGUUUCUCAGGACCAGAAGAGGCCCUUUGUCGAAACCUGUCCGACCUCGACUGGCCAUACAUGAUGGACAGGCAACAUGGCGAGCUGCUCGUAGACGUCGGGAUCUCAUUCACACCCCACUCCCCAGAUGUGCCUGUCAUAGGUGUAUGGAGAUUGGACGCAUUGGAAGCAUCAUUCGGCGCAGGGGGGUACAAGAGAGGUGAGAUGCAUCAUCACAACACGCUCUCAAGAUAUGGUGCGCUGCAGGCCGAGAUGCAGCAGGAGAGGGCCCAGCAGACGCACAUCGCAUUCAGGAGCACAUACAACCUGUACUACGAAUCCAUCCGAACCAACAACAACCGAGUGGCCUUCGCUUCCGAUAGCGAUGCAUACAAGCUUUCUCCAUCCUACAUGGCCGAAUGCUUUGAAAUGGUCAAGGUCAUCGAUGGCUGCAAGGAGAAAACAUAUGGUGUCAGGGACGAGUACAGAGUGAGCGGACAUGCAGCUAGAAUAAUGCUGGACAAUAUCGAAAGCAAGGCUAUAGAAUAUCUGCGAUCUGAUCCUGUGCUGUGGAUACCAUCGAAGAUAUGGUUCGAGCUCAUCAGACGACGGGUUCGUGAGAUUCAGAGGACCCAAAUAGCCAUUGUCAAAAAGAAUCCUCCAAACCUUGGUAUCCUCACCGGCCUGCUGAACCACAUGCUUCGUUCAACAACAUCUACCCCGAUCAUCUAUGACUUCCAUGUCCGCGAAUCCCUUGCUCUCCUCGAGUAUAGAAAUGUGCUGGAAACAGCAGGAAUGUUUUUCUUGCAGAAAUUCGAUCUCGGCAGCGAGACCUGCCUGGAUGAAGUGCAGCAAGUCGAUGAUUUGAAUGUGCUGGCCCUUAUGGGCGUAAAUGCAAAGGCUCAAAGAGAUAGAGCAGUGGGAGUGGGAGUGGGAAGGAUUGAUUCGCAGGCUACUGCUGAAUCAGAGCUGGAAGAAUAUCCGCUUGGUCGGACGCCGACAUGGAAUCGACUCAAAGCAGUCAUAGCAAGCUCUCCUGCGAUGAUCAUGAGACCAUGGUCUUGGUCUUCCAGGUUGUCCGACAUGGAACUAUCUGUCGGACGACUGUUCAUCAUGUUCACCAGACACAUAUGGCUGAUGCUGACGACUGAUGUCUUGAAAGGCAUCAGGCCUCACCCAAAUUCACUUCAGGAGGCGAUGAAGUGCUGGACCAUAACAAGCAUCGAUGACACCCUCGCUGCUGUCGCAUUCGAAGCCUGCAAUGCAGGGCUGCAGGACCAUACUGGAGUCACAGCUGGUCGGAUGGGUCCCAAGUCUAGAGGGUUUGGUGACAGGCGCUCUCUAUUCUUUCCUGAUCCUGAUGCGCCCCACAAGAAUAACGCUCAGUGGUCCAUGCUGUGGGAGGGAGAUGGAUACAUUGCUGAGUUUCAUAGGACCAUGGGGACCAUGGACGAGGACCAGGGCAUGUUGCUAAAGCAAGGAUUAUCUGAGGUAUUUUCGGAUGUCCAUUGUCUCCCUGCCAGCGGGUCGAGGGUGUGGACGCAAAAAAAUGACGCCAUCGUGUUCAUAACGAACCCCAGAUUUUACAGGAUCGACUGCAUUGGAAGGGGAGUAGAGACACAGCAGAGAGCCACCAGAGCACGUCGUACGAUGAAGUUGAUCAAGGGAAAGCGCAUAUUUGCAGCUGACCUGAUGGACUCGCAAUCCUUUGACACCGAUGGUAAUCUGAGAAGGAAGACGGAGAGACAAAAGUGUCGGGAGAUUCAAAAGAAGAUGACCAUGGCCAAGAGAAAUCAGAGGAUCCCCCCUCCCCCACAUUCUCGCAAGCUCCGGCCAUUUCCCAUGCAUAUAAGAGAGACUGUGGAAGAAGACUUGGUAAUGGAUGUGAAUUAG